AGUGACGACGAUCAUUGUCAUUUGUCACUACUCAGUACUCACUUGUUAGUUCAAGAUCAUAGAUAUUUUAUAUUUUUGUUAGUCUUUUGGACUGAACUCGCCUUUUAACGACGACAACUAUGGAAACCGUUCGCGAAGGAGCCUCUAAACGGUCGUUGGAUGAAGACAAUGAUGAUGACAAGAAAAAACUGAAAAUUGGACCGGACCUUAAUCAGUUUUUGCCGACGAUAGAAAACAUGAAGGACGAGAAGGACGAGAAGGACGAGAAAAAGUGGAAUUUGCUGCCUUCAAUUGUGUACGAGUUGCUCGCGCUUUUCAAGAAUUCUGAAAAAGUGCACUCGGACGUAGACAAACAAGAUAAGAUUGAUAAUGAUAUUAAAGAAGAUUUUAAAGUUUUAUCAAAUCAAAAUUGUCAAGAAAAAAUUGUAGAUAAUGCCUUUAAACAUGAAAAUAUGAAAGAGGUUGAUAGAUGUGAUAAAAUUAUUAUUGAAAAUUCCAAUUUACAAGUUUCUAGUACUAUAAAUGUUUCAAUCCAAGAUUUGAAUGAAUUAGACUUCUCAGAAAAAUAUAUAACAGAAGAUGUUCCAAAAAAAGUACCAUUGAUUACAAAAGCUUCACCAGUCAAACUGUUUGCUGAGAGUGCUGAUGUCAACAAGACUAAACAAACAGAAGAUGAAUCAAAUGGAAAAACUAGCGUUGUCAAGAAGCAGGUGACAUAUAUACACAAUGUUUGUCAUUUAUCUGUGUCCACGAAAAAUGUUCACUGUACAGAUUCAUCUACAAAUUAUACUUCUAAGGUGGUUGUGUCUACAGAAAAUGUUUCUAAUGCAGCUACAUCUGCAAAUAGUAUUUAUAAUACUUCCAUGCUUACGUCUCACAUUAGUAUUCCUAAUACUCAUAUAUUUAUCUCUACAAAUAGUAUUUCUAAUACAGCUAUGCUUUCAUCUACAAAUAACAAUACAUUAAUUGUAUCUGACAAUAGUACCCACAAAGACGUUAUUUCUAGAACAGAAAAUAUUUUCAGAGUGCAAAUGCUUGAGUUUUUAAAUAAAAAUUGUCUAGACGGUAUUUCAGGAGUACCUUUAACUAAACCAUAUCCAUGCAAUUGUAAGUGUUGCAUGGUUGUGAAUAGCUUACCAAUAGAGCAAUCGGCAGUAUACAAUCUAUUUUUUACAUCAAAUAAUAAUUUAAGUCAUCCAAAUUUACAUUGUGAUAUGAAUUCCUCAAAUGUGCAAGUUACUGAUUGUUCUAUUUCCGCUAAAAAUUACUCUAAUGUAAACAGAUCAAAUACACUAAUUAAUACAGAGUGUCCUAAAAAUAUUUGGAUUAAUGAGUUAACUUCUUUGAUUAUUAAAAAUGAGAAUACAUCUGAAAGAUAUACUGUGACUGACACGAAUGCUUCAAAAAAAUUGAACCCUAUGCAAAAUGUUUUAAAUAAAGUCCAUAAAGCUACCAAACAUAUUAAAUCACAUUUUUCGUUUUGUGAUAAAUGUAAAAAAUCUAAAUAUAGUCAGACUUAUGGUUGUAAAUGUUAUAGCAAAUCUUAUAAGCAUAAGUAUGAUAAAUACUAUUUACUAAGAUAAUAACUAUAACAAAACAUUUAAAUAUUUAUUUAUUUUAUAAUUGUAAAACUGUUGUUAAUUUUUCCCCAAACAUUAUGUAUUGAAAAAAAAGUUUAUAAAAUGUCUAGUAUUUAGGCUAUUAUUAAAAUAUAACUAUUUGAUUCAACAAACUCAAAUGUAUG